CACAGGCAGAGGAAGAGGCAGAGGAUUAAGUCGAUUGCGUAACAUUACAGAGGAUUAAGGCGUAACAUAAGUACAUAAACAGCAUGCAACUCCCAACGCCCCUUUCUCGGAGAGCAACCUCCAAUGGCCAUGGUGAAGACUCUCCUUACUUUGAUGGGUGGAAAGCCUAUGACAGAAAUCCUUACCAUCCCCACAAUAACCCAUCUGGAGUUAUUCAAAUGGGCUUAGCAGAAAAUCAGCUUUCCUUCGAUUUAAUAGAAAAGUGGGUGAGAGAACACCCAGAGUCUUCCAUUUGCACGCAGGAGGGCAUUGCCAGCUUUAAAGAGACUGCCAAUUAUCAAGAUUAUCAUGGCCUCCCCAAGUUCAGAGAGGGUAUCACAUCAUUUAUGGAGGAAGUGGGAGGAGGAAAAGCGAAAUUUGAUAAAGAUAGAAUAGUUCUCACUGCAGGAGCAACUGCAGCCCAUGAGGUGCUAACAUUUUGUGUGGCAAAUCCAGGAGAGGCUUUCCUCAUUCCAUCCCCAUAUUAUCCUGGGUUUGAUAGAGAUCUAAAGUGGCGGACUGGAGUAGAGUUGAUACCGGUGGUGUGUAGUAGUUCCAACAAUUUUCAGGUGUCAGUGAGUGCACUUGAAGAAGCAUACACAGAGGCCAAGUGUCGUAAGGUAAAAGUGAAGGGAAUUCUAAUAACAAAUCCAUCCAACCCACUAGGAACCACAAUGGAUGAGAAAACAUUGAGAAGCAUAUUACAUUUUGCAACAGAGAAGAAGAUUCAUUUGAUCUGUGAUGAGAUCUAUGCAGGAUCAGUGUUUUUGGGUCCAAGGUUUGUGAGCAUUGCAGAGGUGGUACAGAGUCAAAUAGAGCGUGAUCAUGUUCACAUUGUUUACAGUCUAUCAAAGGACAUGGGAUUGCCUGGCUUCAGAGUGGGAGCCAUCUAUUCAUAUAAUAACAAGGUUGUUAUGGCGGCACGUAGAAUGUCAAGUUUUUGCAUGGUUUCCUCACAAACACAGUACUUGUUGGGUAAGAUGCUAAGUGACAGAUUAUUUGUGAGAGAAUAUAUUAAGGAGAAUAAGAAGAGGCUACAAGAGGCGCAUAGUGUGUUUGUGCAAGGAUUAUGUGAGGUGGGAAUUAAGUGUUUGGCCAAUAGCAAUGCAGGGCUUUUUUGUUGGGUGGACCUCCGCCAUCUUCUCCAUAAAGAUUCAGAGCUUACACUUUGGAAGAUAAUCAUCGAAGAAAUUGGAUUGAAUGUAUCACCUGGGUUGUCAUGCCAUUGUAAAGAGGAAGGAUGGUUCAGGUUUUGCUUUGCUAACAUGACCCCAACCACAAUGCAAGAAUCACUCACUAGAAUCAAGCGCUUGAUAGAAAGGAGGAGCAAGGUGUCCACAAUCUCUCGCUCAUCUGCACUAACAUUUCAUACAACUCGUCCUAAGAAUCUCUCCCUCUCUAUUGAUAGAGCUCCAAUAGCAAACAUGAGUUGUCUCAAUAGCCCUCGCAUCCAAAUUGCAUCCAAGUGCUAUCUCAAUAGCCCUUGCACCCCAGUCACACCCAUGUAUUGUUUCAAUAGCCCUCACACCCCAAUCACAUCCAUGUGAUAUCCAAAUACUUUCUAUAUUGACCACCAUUCAACUCUCUUCUUCAUUUUGUUUAUGGGGAAAUCAGUUUUUUUAUUCUUUAAUGGUUUGUUAGGGAGAAGCAAUUGCCUUGUUCCCAAUGCAAAAUCCAUUCCCUCCAAUAAAAUUUUUCAAUUCUUUAUUCUUGAAUGGUUUGUUAGGGAGAAGAAAUUACCUUGAUCCCAAUGCAAAAACCAUUCCCUCCAAUAAAAUUUUUAUUAUAAAUUAUUUAAUUA